CGAGAGGCGUUGCGGUGACACGUGCGUGCGGCGGGACCCGGAUGCCGCGGCCGCCGGGCCCACCGAGCCGGCCGCCCACGGCGAUGAUCGCGGAGAAGCUGCGGGAGGCGCUGGAGCCGGUGCGGCGGGAGGCGGCGGCGGAGCUGGGCCGGCCUCUGGCCGCCGCCGCCCGCUCCGUGCUGCAGCAGCGCAUCGAGUUCGCGCCCGCCCGGCGCGGCCUGGCCGGGCAGCUGGAGCACCUGCGGGACAAGUACGAGCACAUCGGGGCCGAGGCCCUGGGCCGCCCUCUCGGCAUCGCCGGCAGCCCUCCGGAGCGGCCACAGAACCCCCCGGGGCGCAGCCCAGCCUCCCCGAGGCCCACGGGUGACGGGAUCCCCGCGCCCCAGAAGGUGCUCUUCCCAGCCCAGCGCCUCUCCAUGAAGUGGGAGCGUGUACACCGUGUGGGCGCCGGGCUGAGUAAUCUGGGGAACACCUGCUUCCUGAACUCCGCGCUGCAGUGCCUGACCUACACGCCACCACUCACCAACUACCUGCUCUCCCGCGAGCACGGACGCACCUGUGCCCACGGAAGCUUCUGCAUGAUGUGCACUAUGCAGAACCACACGAUCCAGGCUUUUGCCAACAGCGGCAAUGCGAUAAAGCCACUGUCCAUCAUCCGAGAUCUCAAGAAGAUUUCCCAUAAUUUGCGCUUCGGCAGGCAGGAGGAUGCACAUGAGUUCCUGCGUUACACCAUUGAUGCCAUGCAGAAGGCCUGCCUGAAUGGCUACACCAAGUUGGAUCGCCAGACCCAGGCCACGACCCUGGUUCACCAGAUCUUUGGCGGUUACCUGCGGUCCCGUGUGAAAUGCCUGGAGUGCAAGACUGUCUCGGACACCUAUGACCCUUACCUGGAUGUGACACUGGAGGUCGAGCGAGCCGCAAACAUCGUGCGGGCAUUGGAGCUGUUCGUGAAGCCGGAGCAGCUGGGGGGGGACAACGCCUACAGGUGUAGCAUGUGCAGGAAGAAGGUGUCAGCCAGCAAACGUUUCACCAUCCACCGAGCCUCCAAUGUUCUCACGAUCUCACUGAAGCGCUUUGGCAGCUGCGGCUCUUCAGGUGGAAGGAAAAUCACCAAGGAUGUGGGAUACCCUGAGUUCUUGGAUAUCCGCCCUUAUAUGUCUGAGCCCAAGGGUGAUCCUGUCACAUAUGGACUCUAUGCAGUGCUGGUGCACUCUGGGUACAGCUGCAAUGCAGGCCAUUACUUCUGCUAUGUGAAGGCCAGCAAUGGGCAGUGGUAUCGAAUGAAUGACCACGAGGUUUACCCCAGCAACAUCAAGGUGGUCCUCAACCAGCAGGCCUACAUUCUGUUCUACCUGAGGCUCUCCAGCCCGAGGAAGAGCUCAGCAGGGCCUGUGGCCAAGGCUGCCUCCAGCCCGUCCAGCCACAUUGGUGGCGACUUCAGUCAGGUGAAGAAAACCGAGACUAAUGGGACCUUGCCCACACCCCCGGCGGGCCCGAAACAAGACAAGCUGCCGGGGAAGGGGCUGCUAGGCCCAGACGAUGUCGGAGUCCCUGUGUCCCGCAGCGCUUCUGGCGUGGGGCUGAAGCUGACAAAUGGAAUUGCUCAAUCAAAGCUGCCCUCUCAGACCCCAUCACCCAAACUGCCUCACAAAGCCACCCACAAGGACAUACCACUGACCCAUGAUGUAUUCCAGAGGCCCAAGAAGCCACAGACACCUGCCGUGCCCAGAGCAGGCUUCCAUGUCACCAGCACUGUGAGUGGGGCCAAAGUGGGGGUGCCCCCACAGGGGACAGACAGAGAGAAGCCUCCUACCUCAUCCAAGCUGCUGAAGUCCAACCAGGAGCUUGGUGGCCAUGGGGCGAUGGCCGGGACCCUGAAGGAUUCCCAUGGCAGCGCAGUGGGGCAGCUGGCCAAGGAGACCCACAAGGCCAAGAGCAAUUCCAGCAGCUUCUGCAGCUCUCAGGGAAGGAACUUUGGCACCCACCUCCCCACUGGCCCUGGCACCAAGCCGGCUGUCCCCAAAGACUCUGAUCUGGCUGCCCCCAAAAACUCCAGGACAGUCACUGUGAAACCCUCCCCACUGUGCAGUGCCGUUCAGGAGCAGGGCAGCACCACAUCACCACCACUGGCCAAGAAACCGUCACUUUCUGCCAAAAAGGGCAAACUCUCGCAGAAGGCGAGCAGGAGUGACCGCCACGCACUGUCCCACCCUGACUCCACUCCUGGGCCUCUGGGCAAGUCCAGCCUGCCCUCAUCUGCUCUCAAACAACCAAGUCCUGAAAAGUCUUCCUUCAGCUUCACGCUCAGCUUGGACGCUCAGCUCUUAGCCUCCCCGCCGGCCCACGAUUCCACUGCCCACCCUUCACUCCACCUUCCUUCCGGCAGCAGCGAGAAAGGAUCCAGCCAGUUGGAAACAGAGGGUUCCUGGAAAAAGAAGCGUCGAAAGAGGAAGCGUCGUAGCACAGACAGGAACUCCUGUGCUGUGGCUGUGGGUGGAUGUGGCUGUGACAUGGAUGAAGUCUCCAGUCCAUCUAAAAAGGAGAGAUUUGUCCCUUCAGAGGGCUUCAAAAACAAAGACUGCAGGCCCCCCAAGAAGGAGAGCAUUGGAUCUCAGAAGGACUUCAUGGAGAAAGACUCCAGGCCCCCAAGGAAGAAGAGAAUUGUCUCUUUGGAGGGUUUUGUAUCCGCUGUGGGGAAAGAGACAGAAGGCGAGGGUCCUGGUGAUGGCCUGGGGGGUCUGGGCUGUGAGGACAUGGAGAGUGGGCCCAAGCAACACAUGCCAGAGCCCAGUAUUGACUUGGGCAUAGAGCCAACCUUCUCACUAAAGAGGAAGAAGAAGAAGAAAAAGAAAAACAGGAUCAAAGACAGGCCAUUGGAGAGGACAGAAGAGUGCUGCUCUGAGUUGCUGUCACUGGACAGCUCCAGGAGGGCUGAGCUGGAGCCUUGUGAGACACAUCGGAGCGUGGAGGCUGGAGAGCGCAAGCAGCACAAGCGCAAGUGGAUGGAAAGCCUCAGCAGCCCGGCUGCCAACGCCGUCCCUGCCACCACCACCACCCCAGUGGCAGCGUGUGCCAAGGACAGCCAGACUGGAGAUGAGAGACACACCUUGGCUGCCCUGAGCCCUGCAGUCAGCAAUUGGGCUAGCACAGCCCCUGGGGGCCAGCAGUCCAGCGUGGUGGGCGAGCUGCUCCAGGACUCGUUGGACAAGGCUUAUGGCAAACAAGUCUUGACCUGGCAGGGUGAGAUUUCCGCCGUCAGCCAGGAUGCCAUUCGGGACACGGCGUUGGCCCGGAGUGAGACCGUCAUCGAUGAGUGGGACCAGGAGUUCGACAAAGGAAAGGUAAAGAAAAUGAAGAAGAUGAAGCAGGAGCGGAAGAGAGACUCAAAUCCCUUCCAGAAGCUGCAGAACAAGCGCAACUUCUGGUUGAUGUCGCAUCCUGCCAAGAUGGCCAGUCUGGGCCACCGGCUCUCAGGUUGAGAUCUGCAUCCCCCAGACAGCUCAUGAAGCAGUCCCAGGUGAAGGACCAGGGGCAGGCAGCACUGUCCUGGGAGCUGUUGGUGGACCCUACUCAGAGAGGAGGGAAUGCGGCCCCUGUCCUGGGGUCAUGCCUUCACCUUCUGGAAGCUUCUUUUCCACCUGUGAAGGAGCCUGCCCAUGCUGUCGUGCCUCCAAACAUGCCUUGGCCAGGCUCCUCACUUCUCCGUGCCUCUUCCCCUCCUUUCCCCAGCCCACACCUGCGGGGGCUCCUGGCAAGUGCCUCAAGAUCGUCCCCGCUGCUCCGUGUCACUGUGCCUCCCGCUGCCCUUCACCUUCCCGGAUGCCCCCCCUCCGGCGCUCCCUGACCCCCGUUCCCUGCGCAAGCCGCAUUGAAAGCCUCCUCUCCGCUUGUCCCGGCCCCGCGCUGGCGCGGGGGACAUCGGUGGGCUCGGUGCGGGGAUGGGGCGCUGCCGCCGGGGCCGCGGGCACUGAAGGACUGGAUUUAAAGGAAUAAAUCCCGGUGUGUGUC